GUUUUUUCGACAUUUUGUCAUUCUACUAAAUUCAUAUGGGAGUAUUUAAAGGGAUCUCGACAAUUCUGAAAGGUGGAUUCCUAGGUUAUUGUAUAUAUUAUACCAUUGAAAGACGAGUUUGGGACGAUCCAAUUUUUAGCCCUCCUCAAUUAAACCAUAUACAAAAAGUAAUGUUUCCAGAUUUGCCUGAAAAAAUUGAUAAAUUGCCAGAUAAAGUAACCAUAUAUAAAGCAUGCCGAGAUAGCUGGAAUAGGGGAGUUGAGAAUACAAUGGAAACCUGUGCAGAAUCACCCAGAUUAGCUGUUAAAUAUGCCAAAGAAUUCAAAAACUAUUUUCAAGAUCCUGUUUCAAUUGAUCAUAAAUAAGAAUUUAAUGCUUUACAUAAUAUUAUAAAAUUAUUUAUUUUGGUUUGUAAUGAAUUAAAAAAAGUUUAUACUUGUUAAAUGGUAAUACUAUUUUUUUGGCUGAAUUAAAUCUUCAUUGGACAUAUACUUGGUUUUAUUAUUAAGGCAUUCUUGUAUUAUUAAUUCAAUUGCUAAUGUCUUAUUUUAUUUAUGUUAGACAUUGAUAAAACUUUAUAAAA